GUUUGAUUACCCCUAUAUUGGACGUCGUGUUGUUUUUGAGUAACGAGGUGAAAAGUGAAAUAUGGCUCAGUGGGACUUGACAUCAAAAAUAAGUGUUUAUUUAGAUAGGCAUUUAGUUUUCCCCUUGCUUGAAUUCUUAUCUGUUAAGCAGGUGUAUGAUGAAAGAGAGCUUUUACUUGGGAAACUUGAAAUUGUGAAAAACACGAGAAUGAUCGAUUAUGCUAUUGACAUAUUUAAGCUUUUGUAUCCAAAUGAAAAAAUUCCAGAGGAACUUUUGGAAAAGAGAGGAAAAGUAGUAAGUGAACUGAAAGUUUAUCAAGAAGAAACAGAACAUAUUAGACAAGUAUUCCAGUCACAAGUUGUUCAAAAGCAGAUUGAAAGUACUCGAGAUGGCCGUAUGCUGUUAGACUUCCUUGUGAAGAACUAUGAUUUUAACAUUGAAUGUAUGGAUUUUGUGUACAUUUUUGCAAAAAGUCAGUAUGAAUGUGGAAAUUACUUAUCCGCUACAGAAUAUCUGUAUCUGUAUCGUUUACUGGUGCCAUCAACAGAUAAAAACUACUUGAAUGGAAUGUGGGGAAAAUUAGCAUCUGAAAUUUUAAUGCAGAAUUGGGAUACUGCCUUGGACGACCUGAAUCGUCUGAAAGAAUUUAUUGACAGUAAUCCAUUUGGAUCUGCACUCGUAGCACUACAACAGAGAACAUGGUUAAUUCAUUGGAGUCUUUUUGUAUUCUUUAACCAUGCUAAAGGUCAAGAUCUCAUAAUAGACACGUUUCUGUUCCAACAACAGUAUUUAAAUGCUAUUCAAACCAUCUGUCCUCAUAUUCUGAGGUAUCUGACAGCAGCUGUGAUCACAAAUAAGCAAAGACCAAAUGUUAUGAAGGAAUUAGUGAAGGUUAUUCAACAGGAAUCUUAUCAGUAUCGGGAUCCCAUUACUGAAUUUGUGGAAUGUCUGUACGUGAAUUUUGAUUUUGAUGGUGCACAACAAAAAUUAAGAGAAUGUGAACAAGUCCUUGCGUAUGACUUCUUCCUCGUGUCAUGUCUAGAGUCAUUUAUUGAAAAUGCACGUUUAGUUAUAUUUGAAACAUUCUGCUGUAUCCAUCAGUGUUUAUCCAUAAAGAUGUUGGCAGAGAAAUUAAACAUGGAUCCUGACCAUGCUGAAAAAUGGAUUGUAAAUCUCAUAAGAAAUGCUAGAUUGGAUGCUAAAAUCGACUCACAAUUGGGGCAUGUUGUAAUGGGAACCAAAAAACUUUCUCCAUAUCAACAGCUGAUUGAGAAAACAAAGGUUUUAUCUUUCCGAGCACAAUUAUUAGCUUCAAAUGUAGAGAAGAAAGUAGCUGCAAAUCAUCCAGAAAGAACACCAUACUGGGCUGCUCCAGAAUUUUAAAGAAAAUAUGAUUCAUUGGACAUAUUUUGUAAACCAUUCAAGUGAAAUACAGAACAAUUUUUUAUAUAAAUAUUGUUUUCAUUCUUUUACAAUUCAGACAUAGAAUUUUAUUAAAUUGCUACAGAUAAAAAACUACUUUAUGUGGUGUCCAAAGUCAUAGAAGCUGAUGAAAAGAUAAAUCUUUUCAUCAGCUUCUAUUUUAUUUCUAUUUCAUCAGCUUCUAUUCUAUUCUAUUCUAUUUGUGUCCACAUAAAUGUGGACACAAAUUUUAAGCUAAAUGCAGAGUAGCAGAAUUCCUCAUAUUGUAAUUAUUAUCUUCUGCAGUUCUCAGUUAUUCAAAAUUUAUUUUUAUUGCAUCUAAUAUUAUCUGACAAUUAUUUAAUUAUAGGUAUUUUUUAUAAGUUUUUACAAUUAUUUAAAAUUUUAUGUAAAAAAUAUCUGUAUUUUUGCAGUAUUGGUGAAAAUAUACAUGUGAGAAAGGUAAUAAAAUUUAAUUUUUAUAUUCAUAACAGAAAAA